AUGUUAGGACAAAAUGCAAAACUAAAAAAUAUUGUUUACCUGAUGAUUAAUAUGCGGGUUGCCACAGGGCAGAGCCCCGGGUUGCCACAGGGCAGAGCCCCGGGUUGCCACAGGGCAGAGCCCCGGGUUGCCACAGGGCAGAGCCCCGGGUUGCCACAGGGCAGAGCCCCGGGUUGCCACAGGGCAGAGCCCCGGGUUGCCACAGGGCAGAGCCCCGGGUUGCCACAGGGCAGAGCCCCGGGUUGCCACAGGGCAGAGCCCCGGGUUGCCACAGGGCAGAGCCCCGGGUUGCCACAGGGCAGAGCCCCGGGUUGCCACAGGGCAGAGCCCCGGGUUGCCACAGGGCAGAGCCCCGGGUUGCCACAGGGCAGAGCCCCGGGUUGCCACAGGGCAGAGCCCCGGGUUAGGGGUAAGGGUAAGGGUAAGGGUAAGGGUAAGGGUAAGGGUAAGGGUAAGGGUAAGGGUAAGGGUAAGGGUAAGGGUAAGGGUAAGGGUAAGGGUAAGGGUAAGGGUAAGGGUAAGGGUAAGGGUAAGGGUAAGGGUAAGGGUAAGGGUAAGGGGUAA